GUUUGGCUGUGUGUAGUGUGUACGUUGGUAGGAGCGUCCAUGAGUCGAGUGAUUGUGUUGAUACACAAAGUUAUAGCUGUGCACAACAUGUGAAUGUUUGGAAUUUUCUGGUCUUGGCAUUCCGAAAAAUUAUUAGAAAAGACACAUUAAAAUAAUGAGGUUGGAUGUCGAUGGUUUACCGGUCUAUUUCCCUUAUGAUUACAUUUACCCGGAACAGUAUGCAUACAUGUUGGAGCUUAAGAAGGGCCUGGAUGCGAAGGGCCAUUGCCUGCUGGAAAUGCCGUCAGGCACUGGUAAAACAAUAUCACUAUUGUCCUUGAUUGUGGCUUACAUGGCGAACAACCCAUUGGAUGUAACAAAAUUAAUAUAUUGUUCUCGUACUGUUCCUGAAAUUGAGAAAGUUAUUGAGGAACUUAAAAAGUUAAUUGCAUACAUCGAGAAACAGACUGAAGAAAAACCUAGGAUACUUGGGCUGGUCCUGAGUUCACGCAAAAAUCUUUGCAUUCAUCCGCAGGUCAGUAAAGAGCGUGAUGGCAAAAUAGUCGAUGGUCGAUGUCACAGCUUGACUGCAUCGUACAUACGGGACCGUCACAGCUAUGAUGAGUCUGUUCCUGUGUGCAACUUCUAUGAAGCCUUCAGUACUUUUGGCAAAGAAGCUCCAAUGGCACCUGGUGUAUAUGGCAUAGAUGAUUUGAAGGAUUAUGGUCGAGACAUGGGUUGGUGCCCAUAUUUCCUUGCCCGAUAUGCGAUCACACAUGCCAACAUUGUUGUUUACAGUUACCACUAUCUCCUAGAUCCUAAAAUUGCUGAAGUUGUGUCCAAGGAACUUAGCAAGUCAUCUGUUGUAGUGUUCGAUGAAGCACACAACAUUGAUAAUGUUUGUAUUGACUCAAUGAGUGUGAAGAUAACAAGGAGAAUUGUAGACAGGAGUACUGCCAACAUCCAGCUGCUGGAACGUACUAUUGCUGAAAUGAAGGAAGAUGAUGCUCAAAAACUGAAGGAAGAGUACCAGAGAUUGGUUGAAGGAUUGCGGGAUGCUAAUCUUGCCCGUGAGACGGAUAUUGUCCUUGCUAAUCCUGUUUUACCAGAUGAAGUUCUUCAUGAGGUAGUGCCGGGAAACAUUCGAAAUGCUGAGCACUUUGUUGCCUUUCUAAAGCGAUUUGUGGAGUACCUGAAAACACGUCUUAGAGUCCAGCAUGUGGUUCAGGAAUCGCCAGCUGGUUUCCUCAAGGAUGUUGCACAGAAGGUCUGCAUUGAAAGGAAACCACUGAGGUUUUGCCAUGAACGUCUGACUUCAUUGUUAAAGACUCUGGAGAUAUCUGAUCUGACAGACUUUUCCCCACUGGUUCUUAUUACCCAUUUAGCAACACUUGUAGCAACAUACACGAAAGGCUUUACUAUUAUUGUGGAGCCAUUUGAUGAUAAAACUCCAACAGUAUCAAAUCCCAUACUUCAUUUCAGUUGCCUGGAUUCAUCAAUUGCUGUUAAGCCAGUAUUUGACCGCUUUCAGUCUGUGGUAAUUACUUCGGGUACACUAUCUCCUCUGGACAUGUAUCCAAAGAUACUGGAUUUUCACCCUGUUAUCAUGAGUUCAUUUACUAUGACAUUAGCGAGGCCUUGUCUUCUUCCAAUGAUAGUGUCAAAAGGCAAUGACCAGGUAGCAAUCUCAUCACGAUUUGAGACACGUGAAGAUGUUGCAGUAGUUCGUAACUAUGGUCAACUUCUGGUGGAAGUUGCAUCCAAUGUCCCUGAUGGAGUAGUCUGUUUCUUCACAUCUUACCUGUACCUCGAAUCAGUCGUAGCUAGCUGGUAUGAUCAAGGAGUUGUAGAUAACAUUCAGAGACAUAAGCUGCUGUUUAUAGAGACACAGGAUGCUGCAGAAACAAGCUUAGCACUUCUGAACUACAUUAAGGCAUGUGAGAGUGGGCGUGGUGCAGUACUUCUUUCUGUCGCACGAGGCAAAGUGUCAGAAGGUGUCGACUUCGAUCACCAUUUAGGCAGAGCUGUGCUCAUGUUCGGAAUACCAUAUGUGUACACACAAUCACGCAUCCUGAAGGCUCGGUUGGAGUACCUAAGAGACCAGUUCCAGAUAAGGGAGAAUGACUUCCUCACUUUUGAUGCAAUGCGACAUGCAGCCCAGUGUGUGGGUCGUGCACUGCGUGGUAAAACUGACUAUGGUAUAAUGGUAUUUGCUGACAAGAGAUUCUCACGCCAGGAUAAGCGCAGCAAAUUACCAAAGUGGAUACAAGAACAUCUCAAAGAUUCAUUAUGUAAUCUUUCAACAGAAGAAGCUAUCCAGAUUGCUAAACGAUGGCUGAGACAAAUGGCACAACCAUUUAGCCGUGAGGACCAGCUGGGAGUUUCACUGUUGACACUUGAACAACUUCAGAAUGAAGAGAUGCGGAGGAAUCAGCAAGCAGCUGCUGAACAAAACUAGUACACAGUGUGACCAGUCUGGUUAUCAGAUAGCCACUGACUGAGGAAAACCAUUUGAAAAUCACAUCUGUGUGUGUGUGUGUGUGUGUGUGUGUGUGUGUGUGUGUGUGUGUUUUGCUCAAUAUUAAAUUUCCAUGAAUAACACUGUUGAAGUUGUAUUUAUUGCUUUUAUUUUUGUAUUGUUUCCCAGUCCAUGUUGUGUAAAUGCAUCUUCUUCAGUACAAAUAAUAGUAUUUUUUAUAUGUGUACAUUGUAAUGUAAUUACAUGUUCUCAUUUUACUUUGAAUGUUUGUAAUAAAUGUGUGUAUAGCCUC